AUGUCGGAUGCUCGCUUGUCCUCGUUGGACACCCUACGUCUCUCCCAAUCAUUGUCGCACAACGACGCCCAAUCCACACCUCUGGAUUCCCAGAGUAACAGGCCUUCGGCUUCGAAGACAGAAUCAAAGACGGAUCAUUUCGGAUUCCUAGAAGUCCAGUCUGGAACUGACCCUGUCGUCGAGCAAGUACCCCAGCUAUUACACGUGCUCGCCGCUCACCUAGCUUUCCCCGCCAGUAUCGUCGCUAUUCAUGGUCUGCAAGGACAUAGAGAGAAGACAUGGACGACAGAAGACGGAGACUUGUGGCUACGUGACCUCUUGCGUACCGACAUACCCAACGCUCGAGUCCUUCUCUAUGGAUACGACGCCGACACUCGCAGUCGAGAAUGCGUAUCAACCCAGACGAUGCGUCGACAUGCCGAGAAGCUAGCCCAGGCACUCUCACGGAUACGCAAGGACGCUCGACGUCCGAUCAUUUUCGUUGCCCAUGAUCUAGGAGGUAUCAUUCUCAAAUGGGCUCUCGUCAUUUGCCAUAAUGAGAGUUUGACAUCCAAGAGUGGCCUUCGGGACGUGGUCGUAUCCACGCAUGGAAUCUUAUUCUUUGGAACCCCGCACUCCGGCCUCGAAAAUACAAACAUUCUUGAAGGAAUCAACCUCUUGGCGUCGGUAUACAUGGAGACUACCGACAAUAUCAUCAAGGAUCUUCGAUCCAAUUCGGCUGAACUCGAGAACAUUCAGAGUCUGUACGUUGCGGCGAGUGAGAAGAUCAACAGCAUCUUCUUUUAUGCGGAGUAUGUGACUUCCGGUAUUGGGAAUCGUGGAGACCUGAAUGUUCCAUAUCACUCAGCCACUAUCUCCGGUGACCGCAACGGGACAACUAUCGUGCUUCAUGCGAAUCACCGCAACAUGGUUCGAUUUUCAUCCAAAGAUGAAGAAAACUAUAAAACGGUUCAUCAUCACCUCAAGGGAUACGUCGACAAUGCCCCCCUGGCAGUGCAGGAGAAGUGGGCUACAGAGGACAGGCUUCGCACUGUAGCAAAUGAAGAAUAUGCUCCUCCAGAGGACAUACUGCCUAAACCUCGUCCAUCCGUAUCAAGGAGCUACAUCAAGCGAGAGGCGGUCCAGUCCCUCAUCACGCAGAAGUUGCUCCCGGGUGGUCAGGUGCAACGUCAACCAAGGUGUAUAUUACAUGGAAUCGGAGGGUCAGGUAAGACUCAACUAGCAACGAACUGGAUUGGAGAGAACGAAGCCAGGUUUACUCGGGUGAUUUUUGUCGACGCCUCCAGUCAGACGCAAAUUGAAGCAGACUUGGAGCAAUUUAUUCGCUCCUUGGGUCCGGAGUACAGAGCGAUGGGGUGGAAGGAUGCAAUUGCCUACCUCGACGGCAAAGAAAGAGGCUGGUUACUAUUCAUCGACAAUGCCGACUCUCCAAACCUCGACCUUGGCCCAUAUCUUCCCGCUUCCAUUCACGGGUUUAUUUUGAUCACCACGAGGAAUAGCGAGUGCAUAAGCUACGCUCCGGAUGGCGCUGUUGCUGUUGGUGAUCUCGAGGAAAACGAGGCGGUCAAUCUGCUUCACAAACUCGCCAAUGCCUCGCCUACAUCCAACACCAAGUCUAUCGAGAUCGUUCAGGAGUUGGGGAUGCUGGCGCUCGCGAUCACUCAAGCAGGAGUGUACAUUCGCAAAACACGGCGACUCGAAACGUAUGUGAACACGUUUCGAAAGCACCGAGACGAACUCCUGCGCAAGCAGCCAGAUUUCGGCAACGAGUAUACAUCGUCGACAUACACCGCAUUCGACCUGUCGUUCCACAAUUUGCCGGCGAAGACGCAAGACUUCCUGAAGAUUUGCGCAUUUCUUCACCAUUCGCUCAUCCCGAUUUCAUUGUUUGAGCACUCGAUAGAGUCCAGCUUUACUACAUACACUGUUUUGAAUGACUUUCCUCCCCCUGAGUCUGACAAAACAUUCAUCUCAACGCUCCAGGAGAUUCUAGGCACGGCGUGGAACGAGGUCGCAUUCCAGGAGAUCAUUGACUCGGCAUCUCAAGCGUCAUUUAUCAAUGCUUCGAACGAUGGGUUAUUCUACACUGUGCAUCCACUCCUUCAGAUGUACAUCAAGGAUUAUCUUAACGAUGAAGAUAAUCGACACUAUGUGCGCACGGCGACCCAACUCGUACUGGGGGCAAUCCGGCCGUUGGAGGGUAGCAAUGUGCGGCUUUGGCAAUUGCUUCCACACGCUAACAACAUCCCUCGAUCAGUGCAAUCGGAGGAUGUGGCACACGCAUUGGCCUUCUACAAGCUUUACAACUUGUUGGGUGGCUGGAGGGCUUGCCAAGAACUGCUAGAAUCUGCACUCUCCAAAGUGCAGGAGCAUCACGACCAACGGCAUGAAAGCUCAAGAUGGGUGAUGGCCACGCUUGGGGAUAUGUUACAGGAGUGUGGUCAGUUGGAUGAAGCAGAAAAGAUGAGGCGAGAGGUACUCGCUCUGCAGCUCGACAUCCUUGGACAGCGCCAUCCAGAUACCAUUUCUGCAAUGGCCAACCUUGCUAUCACCUUGGACCAGCAUGGUCAGUUGGACGAAGCAGAAAAGAUUCAUCGAGAGGUACUCGCUCUGCAGCUCGACAUCCUUGGACAGCGCCAUCCAGAUACCAUUUCGGCAAUGGGCAACUUUGCCAUCACCUUGAACCAGCGUGGUCAGUUGGACGAGGCAGAAAAGAUGAGGCGAGAGGUACUCGCUCUGCAGCUCGACAUCCUUGGACAGCGCCAUCCACAUACCAUUUCAGCAAUGGGAAACCUUGCUGUCACCUUGAACCAGCGUGGUCAGUUGGACGAAGCAGAGAGGAUGAGGCGAGAGGUACUCGCUCUGCGGCUCAACAUCCUUGGACAGCGCCAUCCAGAUACUAUUUCGGCAAUGGCCAACCUUGCUGUCACCUUGAACGAGCGUGGUCAGUUGGACGAAGCAGAGAAGAUGAGGCGAGAGGUACUCGCUCUGCGGCUCGACAUCCUUGGACAGCGCCAUCCACAUACCAUUCGGGCAAUGGGCAACCUUGCCAUCACCUUGAACCAGCGUGGUCAGUUGGACAAGGCAGAAAAGAUUGAGCGAGAGGUACUCGCUCUGCAGCUUGACAUCCUUGGACAGCGCCAUCCACAUACCAUUUCGGCAAUGGGAAACCUUGCUAACACCUUGAACGAGCGUGGUCAGUUGGACGAAGCAGAAAAGAUUCAUCGAGAGGUAGUCGCUCUGCAGCUCGACAUCCUUGGACAGCGUCAUCCAGAUACCAUUUCGGCAAUGGGAAACCUUGCUGUCACCUUGAACCAGCGUGGUCAGUUGGACGAAGCAGAGAAGAUUCAGCGAGAGGUACUCGCUCUGCGGCUCGACAUCCUUGGACAGCGCCAUCCACAUACCAUUUUGGCAAUGGACAGCCUUGCCAACACCUUGAACCAGCGUGGUCAGUUGGACGAAGCAGAGAGGAUGAGGCGAGAGGUACUCGCUCUGCAGCUUGACAUCCUUGGACAGCGCCAUCCACAUACCAUUUCUGCAAUGGGCAACCUUGCCAUCACCUUGAACCAGCGCGGUCAGUUGGACGAGGCAGAAAAGAUGAGGCGAGAGGUACUUGCUCUGCAGCUCGAUAUCCUUGGACAGCGCCAUCCACAUACCAUUUCGGCAAUGGGAAACCUUGCUGUCACCUUGAACCAGCGUGGUCAGUUGGACGAAGCAGAGAGGAUGAGGCGAGAGGUACUCGCUCUGCGGCUUGACAUCCUUGGACAGCGCCAUCCAGAUACUAUUUCGGCAAUGGCCAACCUUGCUGUCACCUUGAACCAGCGUGGUCAGUUGGACAAGGCAGAAAAGAUUGAGCGAGAGGUACUCGCUCUGCAGCUUGACAUCCUUGGACAGCGCCAUCCACAUACCAUUUCGGCAAUGGGAAACCUUGCUAACACCUUGAACGAGCGUGGUCAGUUGGACGAAGCAGAAAAGAUUCAUCGAGAGGUAGUCGCUCUGCGGCUCGACAUCCUUGGGCAGCGCCAUCCAGAUACCAUUUCAGCAAUGACCAACCUUGCUGUCACCUUGAACGAGCGUGGUCAGUUGGACAAAGCAGGAAGGAUUGAGCAAGAGGUCCUCGCUCUGCUGCUGGAGACUCUUGGUCCGCGCCAUCCAACAACUCUCAAUGCCUCAUACAACCUCUCUACGACAUUAUACAAGAAUAAUCAACUCAACAAUGCCGCAAGGCUUCUGCAGGAGACCAUGGAACUACGCGUUGAAGUCUUGGCCGAACGUGUCGGAGCAGAACUUAUGUGGGGACUUCUUUCUGGAAUCGAAAACGAGCUCAGUAUCGACGACUACCUCGCUGAGCGACGACGCCUCCAAGAUCUUGAGUGGCCACUCACCCGUCUCAUGCCAGGUGCAGCCAAACUCGUCCGGCACUUACACAAGCACAAUAUCCCCAUGGCCAUCGCAACUGGUUCCGUCAGACGUAAUUUUGAUCUAAAGACCCACCAUGAAAAGUGCGAUCCCGAAAAGGUCGAAAUCUUUCGGUUAUUCGGCGACAAGAUUAUGUGUGGUGAUGACUCGGAGCAUGGAAAGGCUGUUUGGGGUACCGAAAAGGUUGUACGAGGCAAACCAUUUCCGGAUAUUUUUCUCUGUGCAGCAGAGUUGAUUGGCAGAAAUGUUGGAAGGGAGGAGCACGAUAUCAGCGAACAAGAGAAGCUUGAGAGGAGCAAAGGUUUGGUCUUCGAAGACGGAAUCCCGGGUGUUUUGGCUGGCAAAGCAGCUGGGAUGCAAGUCGUUUGGGUACCAGAUCCAAAUCUACUCGCCGUCGACUCGUCCUUGGACGUGACCAAGCUUUCCUCCCUAGAGCAGUUUCGACCUGAGGAAUGGGGCCUUCCUGCGUACGAUUCGGACCCAAAAGCAUCUUAA